GCACUUUGCUUUCCGUCGUUCGGUUAGAAGCUUACUAGUCGUGACGUGCGCAGAGGGCUUGAGGGAAACCCAGAUGUCAUCAGGUUCUUACGAGAAAAACGGUCAGGAAGGGGUAAAGUCGCUGAUGGUGAAACGCGCAUAGUUUGUCCUCCAGUGUGCCUGUCUUUGGUCUUCUUGCCGGCCGACCCAUGCUUCUUCACCAGUUCAUGAACGGAGCUCUGGACGUCAUGCAUCCCACAGCGCUUCAGAAAGACACCACUUUCACCAAGAUCUUCGUCGGCGGGCUGCCGUACCACACCACCGACGCCUCCCUCAGAAAGUAUUUCGAGACCUUCGGGGAGAUUGACGAGGCGGUAGUGAUAACGGACAGACAGACCGGGAAGUCCAGAGGAUACGGCUUUGUGACAAUGACAGACCGUACUGCAGCUGAGAGGGCCUGCAAGGACCCCAACCCCAUUAUUGAUGGCAGGAAAGCCAAUGUCAAUCUGGCCUACCUGGGUGCCAAGCCACGCAGUAUACAGACUGGCAUAUCCAUCGGAGUGCAGCCCAUUCACCCAGCACUCAUCCAGAGGCAGUAUGGGUUGACCCAGCCAUACGUUUACCCACAGGCCUAUGUGCAGCCCAGCCUGAUGCUGCCCACUCAGGUUUCCACCUCCGUCAGCACCAGCCCCUACUUGGACUACAGCGCCGCCUACAGCCAGUACGCUCAGGCCGCCUAUGAACAGCAGUAUCCGUACGCCGCCUCACCAGCGGGCUUCCUGGGCUACAGCUACACCACCAGCCCCUCGGCCUCCACUGGCCCCGCUGCUGCUGCCACAGCCCCGGCCACUGUCCACCCCACCCUCCCUUCUGCUGCUGCCCCGGCCUAUCUGCACUACGCCCCGCAACACCACAUCCAGCCCGACCGUAUGCAGUGAGCCUGAAAUGACAGGGAGAUGAUCAUUGUUGGUGUAGAAGAUGGAGGAGAAGAUGGGGGGUCGGGAGGGAUGGGCUUUGUGAUCUUUAAAAAGACGAUGGUGACACACCCCACAGGGUGGACCGGGCCGUCAUCAGCAGGG